AUCCCCUUUACAGUCUCCACUCCAUUUUCAUGCAUCUUACUCACUUCAUCAUCUCUUCUUCUUAAUUCCAAAAACAAAGAAAAAUACCAAAAACCAAAAAAAAAAAAAAAAAGAAUAGUUAUGGAUCUUGUUUUUCUCUUGUUCUCUCCUCUCCUCUGUUACCUUUUCUUCAAGAUCUGGAAACUCAUAGACUCAAAGCAAGAUAAAGAUUGCUACAUCUUAGACUACCAAUGUCAUAAACCAUCUGAUGAUCGAAUGGUGACCACUCAUUUCAGUGGAGAAAUCAUUUAUCGAAACCAAAACCUUGGUUUAACCGAGUACAAGUUCCUUCUCAAAGCCAUUGUAAGUUCAGGGAUAGGAGAACAAACCUAUGCUCCAAGACUUGUCUUUGAAGGUCGAGAAGAGCGUCCUUCUUUACAAGAUGGGAUCUCUGAGAUGGAAGAGUUCUACAUAGACAGCAUCGGAAAAGUCCUUGAGAGAAACCAAAUCUCCCCUCAAGACAUUGACAUCCUCGUAGUCAAUGUCUCCAUGCUCUCUUCAACACCUUCUUUAGCUUCAAGAAUCAUAAACCAUUACAAGAUGAGGGAAGAUGUCAAAGUCUUUAACUUGACCGGGAUGGGGUGUAGCGCGAGUCUAAUCUCCGUAGACAUUGUCAAGAACAUUUUCAAGAGCUACUCAAACAAGUUAGCUCUUGUUGCUACCUCCGAGUCUUUGAGCCCUAAUUGGUAUAGCGGAAACAACCGUUCGAUGAUCUUAGCCAACUGCUUGUUCAGAUCCGGUGGUUGUGCUAUUCUCUUGACUAACAAACGUAGCUUGAGAAAGAAAGCAAUGUUUAAGCUCAAGUGUAUGGUACGGACUCACCAUGGAGCUAGAGAUGAGUCUUACAACUGCUGUAUCCAAUCCGAAGAUGAACAAGGUCGUGUAGGGUUUUACUUAGGAAAGAACCUACCAAAAGCCGCAACUCGUGCUUUCGUAGACAAUCUCAAGAUUAUAACACCCAAGAUUCUUCCCGUGACCGAGCUCUUGAGGUUCAUGAUAAAGCUUCUCAUCAAGAAAAUCAAGAUUCGUCAAAACCCUAGCAAAGGCUCCACGAAUCUCCCAUCAGGUACUCCAUUAAAGGCAGGGAUCAACUUCAAGACCGGGAUUGAACAUUUUUGCAUUCACACCGGAGGCAAAGCUGUGAUUGAUGGGAUUGGACAUAGCUUGGAUUUGAACGAGUAUGAUAUCGAACCGGCGAGGAUGACUCUUCACCGGUUCGGUAAUACUUCAGCUAGUAGCUUGUGGUAUGUGUUGGCUUACAUGGAAGCUAAGAAGAGACUCAAGAGAGGAGACAGAGUGUUUAUGAUAAGCUUUGGAGCUGGUUUCAAGUGUAACAGCUGCGUUUGGGAAGUUGUAAGAGAUCUAACGGUUGGGGAAUCGAAAGGAAACGUGUGGAAUCAUUGCAUUGAUGAUUAUCCACCAAAAUCGAUUGUGAAUCCUUACAUGGAGAAGUUUGGUUGGAUUCAAGAUGAAGAUCCUGAUACUUUCAAGGUCCCUAACGCUUUCAUGUAAAACGUUUACGCAAACGCAAACGCAAAACACAAAGGUGACACAAUUAUAUUCUCUCCUUUCUUAAAAAUUUCUUCUUUGUUUUUCUUAGUUAAAAAUUUUACGUUUUCAAGAAUGUAAAAGAAAACUUCGAUUUAGUUUUGUAUUUUUUUUAUAUGAUUUUUUUUUUUGAGUGUUAUAAUUUGUUAAUUACAUACUUUGAAAUAAUUUAGGGGGGCAUGCACAAUCCAAUACGAUGCGAAUUUUACUAAUUUCCCAUCCUAUUGGUUUAUUUGCUGCUGUUAUCUUUUUUUUUUCUUGUAUGUUUAAAUGUUGUUAUCAUCAUUUUUAAUAUUUUUGUAAUAUUCAUUUUUUUACUUUACUUUGUACUAUUGUUUCGCAUUUACUCAAAGCCUACUUGUUACGGUACAUC